GGUCUUUCCUACGAUUACCAGUCGGUUCUGCAUUAUGAGAGAAAGCCUUCGCUAUCGAUUCCAACUUCCCUACUCUCCUACCAAAAGUCAAGGGAUCAAAGAUGGGACAAAAUGAGAAUCUGAGUCCGCUGGAUGUAGCCAGGAUUUACAAGCGUUUCCAGUGUAACGUGCCCACCAGCAGGCAGGCAGUGUACACACAGGGCCAAUGUCCGGCUUCCGAUACGACGGCACCCACGACUUUUGCUUCCGCCGCGACUACAACCGUCGAAUCUAUCAACAACACUCCCGCACCAUCGUCGUUCUCCGUGACGACGGAGAGCAGAGAGACCAGACCGAGUGCAGUCCCAUCGGACCCCGAAAAACCUGAUGCUUUUGACUCUACCAGUUCCACGAAACCCACGGUACCCAUAGCUUCAACUGAAUUUUUGUUUACCUCGGUGGAAGACGCCAGCCAAAUGCAGCAACAAGCCGAACAAGGCCCAGUGGUGAAGUUCGUUCCUGCGGGCAAGCCCGCUCGUUGCAGCGGAUUUAGGCAGUGCAGAAAAUGAUGGCUGGCCAUUUCGUCGCCGAAAAACCGUCGACAAACGGUAGCGAUGUCAGACCCGUGACAAAGUCCUGCUAGU